AAAAUGAUGCAAAAGGACCAUAUCGUCCUUUCGUCUGACUGAUACGUACUCUCCACCAACUGUAUUACGAAUCUAAAAACGACAUUUUCUGAAAAGGAAAAUUUUCCAUUUGGUUUGGUUCUUCAUUUUUUUCUUCCGAUCUAUUCUAACCCGGAAAAGACGUCGAAUAUCGUCCAUGGAUUUCUUCAAGUCCGUUUUCUCGGACAGCCCAGAUCCUCCUCAACCCGAAUCCUCAUCUGGGUCUCCCAAAAAACCAUCCAACAACCAAGAACGGGAAGACCCAGAUCCGAUUUCCGCCCCGAACCAAUCCGGCGGUGGUGGUGUAUGGAGCUUCGGCGGUUUGAUCCAAACCCUAGCGACUAAAUCCGAAUCUGUCAUCGAGACCUACCGGCGGGAUUUGCAGGAGUUCGGUUCGGGUCUGAAGAAGGAGAUCGAGGUGGCUCAUGGAUCUUUGGGAACGGUUGGUCACGCCAUUGAUGAGCUUGGGAGCACGGUUUUGAAAGGGACGGCUCAGAUUAUUUCUCAAGGUAAGGAUGCAAUCCUCGCUGAUGAUCUUGAAUCCGAUUCGUCUGAUUCCAACAACACCCAAAAUUAUUACUCCCAACAGAGCUUGAAUUCGAAACGGUAUAGUAGGUUUGACGCUCAGGUUCGCGCGUUACAGGGUGAUGCUAGCACUUACUGCGAUGAGCCUGAGGAUUUGGAUGAUUAUAGUAAAUGGAAGUUAGGGUUUGUUUUGGAAGACAAAAAUGAAGAAAUUGAAGUGUUAAUUGAAGAAAAUAUGGCUGUGGAGAAUAUCUACAAGAGGGUUGUUCCGGAUAGUCUUGAUCACCAGACUUUUUGGUGUAGAUAUUUCUAUAAGAUUUUUAAGCUUAAACAAGCUGAGGACUUGAGAGCCAAUUUAGUGAAAAGGGCGAUUUCGAGGGAAGAAGAGGAGGAAUUGAGUUGGGAUGUUGAUGAUGAUGACGACGACGAGGAUGAUGCUAUGUUGAAAACGAUUGCCAAGAAAAAUGGGGAAUUGGGUAGUGAAGAUGGUGGAGAAGUGGCAAAGGAAGUGCAAUUAAGGUCCUCUAAUGAGUCCUCACUUGCUGCCUUGAAGGAAGAGAGUUCCAUAGAUACUAAUAAGAAUGUUGAGAAAACUUCUAAUGUGAAUGAGGAAAAGAGUAGCGGGGAAGAGUCUAAACAGAGUGUGCAUUCGGAAGAAGAUGGUGUUGAUACUGGUGUUGGUAAGAAAGAUUUGGUUGUAUCCAAGGCUGAUGAUAAAGUGGAUUUGAAAGGAAUGAUUGAAUCUGGUGAAUCCAGCAAAGAUAGUGACGUUACAGUUCUUUCAACUCAGCCCUCAAUACCUGAGGAGGAAGACCUUGGCUGGGAUGAGAUUGAGGAUCUUAGCAGUAUCGAUGAUAAGAAAGUGACUCAUAUUGGGAGUCCUAACAGAGCAGAGCUGCGAAAGCGGCUUAGUGCUGCGGAAGAAGAUGAGGACUUGAGCUGGGAUAUUGAAGAUGAUGAUGAACCAAGUAAAGCUUAAAACUAAAACUUCAAUUACUUAUUUUUGAAUUGUACUGCUUCUUUGUUCUGUUGGUUUAAAUGCAAAUAUGUUUAAUAAUGUAAUAUCAAUUUGUGAAGUUAAAAAGUAACUAUCAUAAUCAUGCAAUGUCAAUCAAUUCCGCUACAUUCAAAUGUGGUCAUUAUCUA